AUGAGGUUUAUUUUGGGCGUUGUGUUACACUGUCAAUUUUACACCACGAUACCGCAAGCGGAAUGUCCAGUUCCACGGGUCCUUGAAUACAGCGUUAUUUUGUCAAGUGAGGCAGUUCUACGGAACGAAUUUCCAGAGGGAUCCCUAAUCACACUGGAGUGCGACAACGGGUAUGUUGCACAGGAAGGAUCCCACACCAUAACCUGUCUAAGCGGCAAUUGGACUGAAGUGAAGUUGAGAUGUACAAGGAAAGAUUGUGGACCCCCCAAAGUGAUUCCACAUCUAACAUUUUUGUAUCAGAAUGGAAAAAAUGCAACAUAUUUUACGGAUCGAAUAACAGCAGUUUGUGAGCAGGGUUUCCAGCUUGUGGGAUCAAGUUUCUGGCAAUGUCUCAACCAUGGCUGGAAAGGGAGGUCAAUCUGUGAAGAGAUUGUGUGUGGUGAGGCUCAGAAUGACACUUUACCUGUUCUUGAAAAUGGACGUGUCGUCAAAGCUCCUCUUCACAAAGAACACAUUACGUUUGGUGACUCCAUUCAGUAUAGCUGUAAUGACGACUACCAUCUCACUGGAAAUGAUACCAUCAAAUGCACUGAGAAUGGCUACACCAACCUGCCCAAAUGUGAAAGAAAGAGGUUUCAGCAUCCAAGCAAGACACCCAUGAAAGAGCAAAAUGAGUCAUCAGUUUCUGAGUCAACUGGAACCAUCAUAGCUGUAUUUGGGGCUGUAUUUGGCAUUGGCUUAUGUGUUAUAUUAUGCCUAUGUUAUAAGGACAAGAACAAAGGUUCUUAUGACACACAAGAGGAGAGAAACAAGAUGGGAGAUCUCACAAAAAGAAAGUCUGACUCACUCCAAGGUCACUUGGUUGCUGUCUGAAAUGUUAUAGGGGGGAACCUCAGGGCCAUCAUCUAUUAUUCUGACUGACAGUGACAACUAUCAAUUGCUUUUCAAAAGAAUUUGUACAAUGAAAUAAGAUUAAUAUUACGAUUUCAAAUAUAUGUUUUUUUAUUUAUAUUGCAUCUUUGCAGUAAAAUGAUUCUAAAUCUACAGUAUCUGUUGCUUUCCUGUUCUCAGGGAAGGAGACUCCAGGGGCCUAUUGCACAAAACUAGGAUAAGGGAUUAAGCCAGGAUAUCUUGGUUAUCCUGGCUCAAUUUAUCCAUGAUCCAGUUGCACAAAAGCGGGAUAGGGGGCAGCAGGAUAUGUUAUGGUAUA